AUUUAAAUGCCUGUAGGAGUUCCCGAAGAAAACAAUAUGGGGAAGAGAGACCUCAUUAAGAGGAAAAUGGUUAACCACUACUCAAACCUAUACAACAUGAAACCCAUGGUUAAUAACAUCAAUACAGAAUAUGUACCUGCAGCUAAAUAAGAAGAAGAAGAUGGAGGAGAAGAAGUAUAAGAAACCCAAUACUAGCUUUGCAAGGAAGCACAGAGAUGCCAAGAUAGACCAGUUCUUUGGUGAACAGAACCGUUUGUUUAAUUCUCUCCAGAAAGGAGUCAAGCCUACGAUGUCCACUCAGAAUAAGGAUUCGAAGCUAGCUAAAAGAAUUAGAAAGAAUAAAAAUGCUAAUACUUACUUGGAGGAAGAACAUCUCAAAACUUUGGAGCAUAUGAAUAGAAGGAUUAAGACAAUUGACAAGCGUGAAUGCAAAAAUAAUAAGAAAGUAUGAAAGUACUAUGAGAAGCAAAUUCAAGCUAAGAAGAAAGUCUUUGAUAAAAAGAAGAAAGUUCAAAUGAAACCACCAAAGUCAGACACUGACACUGUCUUCGAGUUAGAAGAGAUGAAGGGCACAGAAGCUCUACCCACAGGAGGAGACCAAGACCUGACCAUGGAAGAAAGGGAGAUGUUCAAUAUUGUUAAAGAGGGCUGCAAAAAUAUGAUGAAAAAUAACAAUAGAGCCAACUCAGAUGUAGUCAGCUCGAUGGAUGAGAAAUUUGAAGUAGAGGAAGAAAUGGGCAUCCCAAUUAUAAAAUUCAAGAAAGCACUCAAAGGUGGACGACCAGAAAAGUACAAGAUCUUCAGCUCUGUAGGAUUAAACCAUAUCAUAGAGAAAGAAAUUUGUAGUGACAAAAAGAUCAAUGAAUUCUUCAGUAAAUUUAGUAUGGCGAACAAGAAGUUCUUCCCGAAUUAUGAGCUCUCCAUGAAAGUCCUGAAGCAGAUCCUCACUGACCUGGAGAAAGAGAACUCUUAAUUUAUUUUCAACAGA